GAGGGCGGAAGUAAGUCCAGGCAACAUGGUAGCAAUGUGAUCACGUUAGCAGCUGAUGUUUCCACACUUUAAAGGAUUACAGAAACCGUUUAAGGGGUAACGUUUGGCGAAAAACAACCGAAAUAAUUUAAACACAAGUAUCCAAUUAUUUAGCACGCGUGGUUUUUAUAUUUUGCUCAGCUUAUUUUGAAAAUCAGCGCCUGAAAUGUCAAAACCUGCCCUGCUAUCACUUCACCAAGCCCUGAGGAAAAGCUUCCAGGGUCUUGAAAGCAAUCAGAAAGUAUGGAGUGGCGUGUUGGCGGAGUGCAGCCCUCUGAUGGCGUCUCUCGGGAAUUUGGCAGAGCAGUGGAGAGCGCUUUCCAACGUCCAGCUGUCCAACACACCGCUCAGAGACUUCCCCGACCUGGAGGAACGGCUGCGAUUCAAGCUCGUACAAGCCACGGAUACAGUUCUCUGCAAACUCAACGAGAAGAUGUCUUCUCUCCAGUCUGUCAGAGACUCCAUCAGUAACCAGGUCACUGCAGUCUUCCAGCUCUACGAGGAGAACACAGACAGUCUGGAUCUGCUCACAGUGACCGAGCGCUCAGUCACCUCCCCGUCCGUCUCUGACAUGCUGGAGUGGCUGCAGGACGCAGAGCGGCACUAUCGAGAACAAUUUCUGAGGAGGAAGACUCUGCUGCAGACACUGAGAGCAGACGAUCUCUCACUUUUAGAGUCUGCUCCCAAAAGAUGGAAAUCCUUCGAGUCUCCCAGUGCAGAAGACCGCAUCACAGAUACACUUUGCAAAGUUUCCUUCUUCAUCAAGUCCCAGUGAAAAAAGUAAAAAGCGACUGUGGACUGGAGUGGAACCACGAUCCAUCCUGUGAAUCUGACUGCAUUCAGCGACGAGGCUAGACAAGAAGAGCAGGAU